CAUCUUCCCUUUCCUGUAAACAACAGCUUUCAUCAUAUGGUUUCCUCUCAUCAUUUGUUUUCAACAGGAUGGAUAGAACAUCUUAUGUUGGAGUAUCAUCAUUCAGAUGCAAUUAACUUAUUUCUCAUCUAAGAGCCAUCAAGACCUUUGGGACUGCGGUCCAGUGCUUCCACCUACCUCACUGCAUGGCGUAGAUCCAGGAAUCAUUGUGUUGGGAAGCUUUGAAGCAAAUCAUAUUUAUCUUCUUCUAAAGAUGAGCGAUCAGGAGGUGACUUACUCAGCUCUGAGAUUUCAUCAGGCUUCUUCAGACUCUCAGAGACGAUCCAAGCCUGAUGGCACUCUAAAGUCUGGAACUGGUGAAGAAGAGUUUUCAGUGCCCUGGCAUCUCAUUGCGGUGACUCUUGGAAUCCUCUGUUUUCUUCUCUUGAUUACAGUUGUAGGUUUGGUGAUAAAGAAUUUUCACCAUAUUCAAGAAAAGCAUGAACAUCAGGAAAUUCUAGGAAAUCUCAGUCAAAAGUGCAACAUCAAGGAGCAACUUUUGGCCAAUAAAACCUUAGAAUACAACACUCUCAGAAAUGAAAGAUUUCUGCAGAAAAAUAAGCUGGCAUCAUCUUUAAAAAAGGAAGGAUGCUGUGCAAAAGGAUCUGUUCCUUCAAAAUCCCUACAAAAUCCAGGAGGACUACACUGUGAGGACCACUGGUCCUGUUUCCAUGUCAACUGCUACUAUUUUGUUCAGGAAAAGAAAAACUGGCAGGAAUGUAAACGAACUUGCCAGGAUUACAGCUCCUCCCUUUUGAAGAUAGACAAUGAGCAGGAAAAGGAAUUCAUUCAGGUUCAGAUUGGUCAAAAUAGACACUGGAUUGGACUGUCAUAUGAUGAAAAAGAAAGUAAAUGGAAAUGGGUUGAUACUGGCACAUCACCUGGAAUGAAUUUGGCAAGGAUGAAGUUGCCUUCUAGAAGCAGAGAAUGUGCACUAUUAACCUCAACAGGAGUAACACAGAUGGAUUGCUCUAGAACCUAUGGUUGCAUUUGUAAGAAGAAAAUUGAUUGUGUUUUCUGUGCUUCAGUGUGCACUUAGAAGCAAAGGGCUUGGCCUGUGGUGGAGACAGAGAUGAGCUGGAAGAGGAAGAAAGUGUUCUUCUGAGCGAUGACCUAGGAUACCAAAUGCCAUCCUCUCCCCGUGCACAAGUGAAAGUCCCUUAUGUUUGGGGAUGAGCUGCCACUUCCAUCAUGGUUCUGAGGAUUUAUUCUUUCCAUUCCUUUGAAUCAUGCCAGGACCCAUUAGGGAAUUUUAUAGAUUAGUCUGCAUCUUUCCCUCAGAAAUUGGAUACACCAUGCCAGUUACAUGUGAUCUGAGAGCACAGUGAAGAACUUGACAGAGCUCUGUUUGUACUACCCAGGAGCGUGCAUCAACUUUAAGGAUUAUGUUCCUAUAAUGUUUACAUCUAAACAGGUCAAAUAUUUGAAGAAGAAGAAAUACAAGGAACUGCCACAUAACUUUGACCCACAAUUAUUACUUGUACUGUGCUGAAUUCAUCGAAUUCUUCCCCUUUGCUUCUGUCUCAUUGCCUAGUCAUCUGAAAAUAAACUGAAGACACUAUAUCCUCAUGUCUAAACAUUUCCAAAGAAAAUAAUCAUUUCUUUUAUAACUAUGUCAUGAGAACCAAAAUCAAGUAAUUUAACAUUGGUACAGUAUUAUGAUCUAAUCUAUAACCAUUUUCAAAUGUUUUCCACUAACUUGAUAGUGGUAUUUUUCUCUCUGUUACAAAAUGCAAUGCAUUUAAUCAAGAUAUCAAAGAUGUCCUGAUUUGGAAUAGCUGUCUAGAUUUCCUUCUCUUUCUUGGUAUUUUUUUUAAAGCCCAUUGACUUAGACUUUUCGCACAAAUAAAUAUUUAUCUGGCACCAUGAGAAUUGCUAAGGUGGUAAAGAUAAAGAUAGAUGGAAUAGCUAGAAGAACAGGAAAUCUCCAACUAGAAAUUUCUACUUGUUACUCUAAGGGCAUCCAGUGGCAUAAGAGGCUUUAAGGCCAAUCACCAAGGAGGUGGGAACCUGGGUGGGCCAUUCUUGCUGAUGAAAUGACUCAGAGCAUCCUCCCCUGCACGCUGGUGGCUAUUCAGUUGUCGUUCACUCAGACCAGGACAGGAAGACCCUCAGCUACUGUGAAACAAUCAAGCCACUGAGGUUUCAAGAUGGGGCGAGAAGCUGUGUGCUA